AUAAGAAUGUAUAUGGUUAAUAUUCAAGUCUUAAUUCAUCACCCGAACUAUUAUAAUUAUAGAUAUUAAUUCAUUAAAAUAAUAAAAACGUGUUAAGAGAACCACAGCUGUGUAGUCGUAGCCGAGCCGAGCCGCGGGAUAGGUGGAAAUGAAACUGGCUAGGGUUGGUGAAUGACCGGCUAUUACCGGUAAUAGUAACGUCAAAUCCCACCAACUCCCCCACCGAUCACUCCGGUAAGGGGUCACACAGAGCUUAGCUCUAUAAAUACCGAGUUAACAAGAUGGGAAAAGUUGCCAGUCGUUGAGUUUCGGUGAAGAAGAAAGGUCUGGGUUGAGUGAGAGCACCAUUUUUACAGAUCUACGCAUUAUACAACUUCCUCGCUCUUUCCUUCUUCCAUUUCAGAUAUAAAGAUGGAGACCUUCCUAUUUACCUCCGAGUCCGUGAACGAGGGUCACCCAGACAAGCUCUGUGACCAGAUCUCUGAUGCCGUGCUUGACGCCUGCCUUGCCCAGGACCCUGACAGCAAGGUUGCCUGUGAGACAUGCACCAAGACCAACAUGGUCAUGGUCUUUGGAGAGAUCACAACCAAGGCUAAUGUAGAUUACGAGAAGAUCGUCCGUGACACAUGCCGUUCUAUUGGAUUCGUUUCUGACGAUGUGGGUCUUGAUGCCGACAACUGCAAGGUUCUUGUUAACAUUGAACAGCAGAGCCCUGAUAUUGCCCAAGGUGUCCAUGGACAUUUUACCAAGCGCCCUGAGGAGAUUGGUGCUGGUGACCAGGGCCAUAUGUUUGGUUAUGCUACUGAUGAAACUCCUGAGUUGAUGCCACUCAGCCACGUCCUCGCCACCAAGCUUGGUGCACGACUUACUGAAGUCAGGAAGAACGGCACCUGCCCCUGGUUGAGACCCGACGGCAAGACCCAAGUGACAGUGGAGUACUUCAAUGAGGAUGGAGCUAUGGUUCCCAUCCGUGUCCACACCGUUCUCAUCUCCACCCAGCACGAUGAGACUGUCACAAAUGACGAGAUUGCUGCUGACCUUAAGGAACAUGUCAUCAAGCCAGUCAUCCCCGAGAAGUACCUUGAUGAGAAGACAAUCUUCCACUUGAACCCUUCAGGCCGCUUUGUCAUUGGUGGUCCACACGGUGAUGCUGGUCUUACUGGCCGUAAGAUCAUCAUCGAUACCUAUGGUGGUUGGGGAGCUCACGGUGGUGGUGCUUUCUCUGGAAAGGACCCUACUAAGGUGGACAGAAGUGGAGCCUACAUUGUCAGGCAGGCGGCCAAGAGUAUUGUUGCCAGCGGGCUUGCUCGUAGGUGCAUUGUGCAGGUCUCUUACGCCAUUGGUGUCCCAGAACCUUUGUCCGUCUUUGUUGACACUUACAAGACUGGAAAGAUUCCAGACAAGGAGAUCCUCGAAAUCGUUAAGGAGAACUUUGACUUCAGGCCUGGAAUGAUCACCAUCAACCUAGACUUGAAGAGAGGCGGCAAUGGCAGGUUCCUGAAGACCGCUGCCUACGGACACUUCGGAAGGGAUGAUGCCGACUUCACCUGGGAGGUUGUGAAGCCCCUCAAGUGGGAGAAGCCACAGUCUUAAACUCUUUGAGCCACAAACUCAGCUGUUGAGUUGUCUUGAAUAUUUUGGUAUUGAAUUUUAAUAAUUGUGUGUUUGAUUUGCUGCUGCUGCUGCCGCGCUCCUCUUAGUUAUGCAAUAGCUUUAAUAUGUUCUAAUAUCAUCAUACUGAAGUGAAGAUGCUCUGUUUUUUUUUUUUGAAGUUUAUAUUUUAUUUUAUUGUAAUGUUUGUUACCAUAUAUCAGUGUCUCUGAAUUGAACAGAAUUUUCCAAGUUGAUGGCACUGGUGGUAGUAGUAGUAGCUGUUGUAAUAGUAGUAGUAGCAAAUUUGCAGAACUAUACUGAAAUGGCAACACUGAAAUAUUAUCUCGUGAUGUUUUUCUUUAUUGAAAA